AUGAUCAUUUAAUAAUUCCCAAUUACAAAUACUGAGGGUCAAAAGUCAAGAAUGUUUCUUCCUAAUAAGUCAGGCUUUGAAUAAACAUUCAAACUUAGGACAUAAUCUAAUUUCGAAGAGGAGUCUACAACUAAUUAUGGUGUAUAAUCCCCAAAUUAGGAAUUUAAGUUUAAAUAAAUGCAUUAAAAGCCAUCUCUUAUAGAGAGAGUAAAGAAGAUUUUUCCAUAUUUACAGGAGAACGAGAUUAUGUAAAAGGAGUUAAAUAAAAUCAGAAGAAUCAAAAGACCUGAUUUGCCAGGCUCUUUAUAAAAGAAGGUUAACUAAUUCAGAAAACAAACGCAGACACUUUCACCUAUCCAAGGAUAAAAAAGUUUGGAUGAUAGGCGAUAAAAUCAGAAAAUUUUCAUUAUUGAGCCACCUAAAGAUUAGAAAAACGCUAGUAAAAAAUAAAAAACUUUAAAACCUAAUACUCACGAAAAUCCAUUCUUGACUCUAAAAAUCAAUAGAGGAUAAUCAAUGAGUUCAAAAAAUAGCCUUUCUUAAUUCGAUUACUCUCCAAAUUUAAGAUAAAACACUUAAACACCAAUAAUUAUCUAGAAUUUGACAAUAAAUAACUUUAAUGUUAAAGGAAAAAGCAGAAUUAAAUUAUCUAAGGAAAUAUAAUCUGAAAAAUUGAAGACAAGAACAACGAUAACUUAAAAACUUAUAGAAAAUUUCAGUAAUCAAUUGCCAAAUGACUCGUCAUCAACAUCUCCGAUAUGUGUUGCAUUAAAAUAAAGUGGGAACUUCAGUAAAGAAUAAGAAGGAGGGAAAAGGAAAAAUGAUCUUUAGAUAUUACCAAUAAACUCUGAAUAAUUUUAAACCAUCGAAUUAGCAGGUGAGGGUCAUUUUGGUAAAGUAUAUAAAGUAAGUUAUGAUUCGAGGAAUAUUGAUUAUGAUCAAAAUAAGUACACCUUGAGUCUAAACGAUGGCAUUUAUGCACUUAAAGUUAUAAACGUUUAAUAAUCAGCGCAAUUAAUGAGUCUAGAAAACAUAUUUAAUGAAAAGAUAAAUAUGCAGAAAAUUAGUGAUCACUAAAAGCUACAGACUGUUAAAAUGUUCCCAAAUUAUUUCACAAGUUUCACUGAAUAAACAAAUCUUUUCAUUUUAAUGGAGUAUAUAGAUGGAAUAGACCUAUAUAAAUACUAGUAGGAGUACUUAGUAGAUCUAGAUACAGCUAAGUACUUUUCCUCUGUGAUACUUAAAAUGAUUGAAUUCCUGCAUAAUUAGUACAUUAUUUACAGAGAUCUCAAGCCUGAAAACAUUCUCAUUGAGAAGUCAACAGGUAAUCUUAAGCUUAUAGAUUUUGGCCUAAGUAAAUAGCUUUCAAGGCUAUAAGGGAAAAAUAGGACACAGACUAAAUGUGGAACUCCAUUAUAUACUGCUCCAGAAAUAGCCUAAAUAUAGAUUGGCACAGAUAAUGAUGAUAUUUAGGACUACACCUUUGCAUGUGAUCUAUGGUCUUGGGGAGUUUUAUUGUGUGAAUUUAUUGGAGGUUACAAUCCAUUUAAGGCAAAUGAUGUAAUGCAGAUAUAUGAUAACAUUCUUAAGCUAAGAAUAAACUGGCCUAAAAAUAUUGAUAACUUCUCACGAGAUAUUCUCUAGAGAGUUUUAGUCUUGGAUCCCUCAACACGAAUUAGUCUAAGAGAUAUGAAGAACCACAAAUUUUUCUAGCAGUAGAAUACUUAUGGAAAUGAUGUCCCAUUAACUAUUAAUGAUUUAUUUUGA